AUGCGACCCGAUACUUCUAUCUAUAUUAUAGGAACACAAUGCACAGGCAAGACUACUCUUGUGAAUGCCUUAUUCAACGCCUUUCACGGCCAACGUAAUGACAUCGUUAUACACAGAAUCCCAGAAGUAGUUCGAACUGUUCUUCGAGAGACCGGCAUCACGCGCAAUGAUAUUCCGAAUGACCCAUGGAAGGCACUUGAGCUCCAGAAAUUGAUUCUUCGUGCACAGUAUGAGGCUGAAAGCAAGCAAUCCGGUAACCUAGUGCUGUCUGACCGGUCCGGCAUUGACGCUCUCGUGUAUGCCGCCAGAUAUGGGCCCCCAGGCAGUCGAGAGAUGCUGGAAAACACAAGAGAAUGGCAAUAUUUGCCAAGUCGGAUGAUGCAGUCCUUGGUGGUCUUGUGUUCACCACAUCGGGAAUGGCUGGUGGAUGAUGGAACAUGA